AUGAGCAGGGACGUCACCGCGCUCAAGACGCCCAUGCCGUCGCGCCCAGAGUCGCCCGGCGCCAUGACGCCCAGCAUCAACUCUUUGCGCCGCCUCGGACGCUCGCAGCCUCUCAGGAAGAUCCUCGUCGCCAACCGCGGUGAAAUCGCCAUUCGCGUCUUCCGUACCGCCCACGAGUUGGGCAUGACCACCGUCGCCAUCUACUCGCACGAGGACCGUUUUUCGGCUCACCGCAACAAGGCCGACGAGGCGUACAUGGUCGGCAAGGGCAUGACGCCUGUCGCAGCCUACCUCGCGCAGGACGACAUCAUCCGCGUCGCUCUCGAGCACGGCGUUACGAUGAUCCACCCCGGUUACGGCUUCCUGUCGGAGAACGCCGAAUUUGCUCGCAAGGUCGAAGAAGCGGGCCUCAUCUUUGUAGGCCCGCAACCGAAGGUGAUCGACGGACUGGGAGAUAAGGUGAAGGCACGCAAGCUGGCCAUGUCGAUCCAGGUCCCCGUCGUUCCUGGCACGCCCGGCGCCAUCGAGAACUUCAAGGAGGCGGACGCCUUUGUCGCCGAGCACGGCUUCCCUGUCAUCAUCAAGGCCGCCAUGGGUGGCGGAGGACGUGGAAUGCGUGUUGUUCGCGAGGCGUCCGAGUUCGAGUCGGCGUUCAAGACGGCCGUCUCGGAGGCGAAGAGCGCGUUUGGAGAUGGAACGGUCUUCGUCGAGCGCUUCCUCGACCAUCCUCGCCACAUCGAGGCGCAGCUCAUCGGUGACUCUGAAGGCAACGUCGUCCACCUCUUCGAGCGCGACUGCUCCGUCCAGCGUCGUCACCAGAAGGUCGUCGAGCUUGGCCCGUCGACCAACCUCCCGGACGAAUUGCGCGAGCAGCUCCUCGCCGACGCCGUCAAGAUCUGCAAGGCCGUCGGAUACCGCAACGCCGGAACUUGCGAGUUCCUCGUCGACUCGCGCGGCUACUACUUCAUCGAGAUCAACCCGCGUAUCCAGGUCGAGCACACUGUUACGGAGGAGAUUACCGGAAUCGACAUCGUCGCUGCGCAGAUCCAGAUCGCCGCUGGAGCUACGCUCGCCGAGCUCGGUUUGACGCAGGACACGAUCACGAAGCGCGGCUACGCCAUUCAGUGCCGCAUCACGACCGAGAACCCCGCCGCCAACUUCCAGCCCGACACGGGCAAGCUCGAAGUCUACCGCUCCGCAGGCGGUAACGGUGUUCGUCUCGACGCGAGUUCGGGCUUCGCGGGCGCCCAAAUCACGCCCCACUACGAUUCCUUGCUCGUCAAGUGCACAACUCGCGGCGCGACUUUCGAGAUCGCUCGCCGCAAGAUGCUGCGUGCACUUGUAGAAUUCAGGAUUCGCGGCACGUACACCAACAUCCCCUUCUUGUUCCGCGUCCUGUCACACCCGGCAUUCGUCGAGGGCAAGACGUGGACGACCUUCAUCGACGACACCCCCGAACUCUUCAACCUCGUCAACUCGCAGAACCGCGCUCAGAAGCUCCUUUCGUACCUCGGAGACCUCGCCGUCAACGGCUCGUCCAUCAAGGGACAGCAGGGCGAGCCGGGACUCCACGAGGAAAUCCCCAUCCCGACCUUCUACGACUCGAAGGACGACUCGAAGCCGAUCGACACGAGCGCGCCCUGCGAGACUGGCUGGCGCAACAUCAUCAAGGAGAAGGGUCCCGAGGGCUUCGCCAAGGCCGUCCGCGAGUACCCCGGCGUCCUGAUCAUGGACACGACCUGGCGCGACGCCCACCAGUCGCUCCUCGCCACCCGCCUCCGCACGAUCGACAUGGCCAACAUUGCCAAGGAGACGUCGCACGCGCUGCAGAACGCGUACUCGCUCGAGUGCUGGGGUGGCGCGACCUUCGACGUCGCUAUGCGGUUCCUCUACGAGGACCCCUGGGAGCGCCUCCGCGAAUUGCGCAAGCUCGUCCCGAACAUCCCCUUCCAGGCGCUCGUGCGCGGCGCGAACGCGGUCGGCUACACGAGCUACCCCGACAACGCCAUCUACGAGUUCUCGAAGCGCGCAGUCGAGAAUGGUCUGGACAUCUUCCGUGUCUUUGACUCGCUCAACUACAUCGAGAACAUGCGUCUCGGUAUCGACGCGGCCAAGCAGGCCGGCGGUGUCGUCGAGGCCGUCAUCUGCUACACCGGCGACGUCGCGAACCCGAAGGGCCACAGCAAGUACACGCUCGACUACUACCUCAACUUUGCCCAGGAGCUCGUCGACUGCGGCAUCCACGUCCUCGCAAUCAAGGACAUGGCUGGUCUUCUCAAGCCCGAGGCCGCAACCAUGCUUGUCGGCGCCCUUCGCAAGAAGUUCCCCGAUAUCCCUAUCCACGUCCACUCGCACGACACGGCCGGUAUCUCGGUCUCGUCGAUGCUCACCUGCGCUGCUGCCGGCGCCGACGUGGUCGACGUCGCGAUCGACAGCAUGUCCGGCACGACCUCGCAGCCGUCGAUGGGUGCCGUCUGCUCGGCGCUCGAGCAGUCCGGCCUGGGAACCGGCAUUUCGUACGCCAACAUCCAGGCGCUCAACCUCUACUGGUCGAACGUCCGCCAGCUCUACCAGUGUUUCGAGGCGAACGUUCGCGCGUCCGACUCGGGCGUCUUCGAGCACCAAAUGCCGGGCGGCCAGUACACCAACCUCAUGUUCCAGUCCCAGCAGCUCGGUCUCUCUGGUCAGUGGAAGGCCGUCGUCAAGGCGUACAUCGAGGCGAACGAACUCUGCGGCGACAUCGUCAAGGUCACGCCGUCGUCGAAGGUCGUCGGUGACUUUGCCCAGUUCCUUGUGGCCAACAAGCUCUCGAAGCAGGACAUCCUCGACCAGGCCGACAAGCUCGACUUCCCCUCGUCCGUCGUCGAGUUCUUCCAGGGCUACCUCGGACAGCCCGUCGGCGGCUUCCCUGAGCCGCUCCGCUCGAAGAUCAUCCGCGACAAGGAGCGCAUCGACGGUCGCCCCGGUCAGAACAUGAAGCCGUAUCCCUUCGCCGAGGUUCGCCAGCAACUUGUCGACAAGUACGGCUCGUCGAUCUCGUCAUGCGACGUCCUCUCGUACUGCAUGUACCCCAAGGUCUUCGAUGAGUUCAAGGAGUUCAACCUCAAGUAUGGCGAGCUCUCCAAACUUCCGACGCGCUACUUCCUCGCCAAGCCUCCCAUCGGCGAGGAGGUCCAGGUUGAGAUCGAGCAGGGCAAGAUGCUCAUCAUCAAGCUCAUCGCCGUCUCGCCCGUCAACCCCGUCACCGGCAUCCGCGAGGUCCUCUUCGAGCUCAACGGCGAGGCCCGUCUCGUCAAGAUCGAGGACCGCAACGCCGCGAUCGAGACUGUCCGUCGCGAGAAGGCGACGAAGGAGCCCGGAUCGAUCGGCGCGUCGAUGUCUGGUGUCGUCGUCGAGAUCCGCGUCAAGGAGGGACAGGAUGUCAAGGCUGGCGACCCCGUGGCGGUCAUGAGCGCCAUGAAGAUGGAGUCGAACGUCUCCUCCCCCGUCUCGGGCAAGGUCAAGCGCGUGGCCGUCCAGGCAGGCGACUCUCUCGACCAGGGCGACCUUAUUCUCGAGAUUGUGCACUCUUAG